GGAGGUUAUGUCAUCCAGUGCUUCUUAACAGCUGACAGUGCUAGCUGUAUUUCAGGAUGCCGAGAUGGAUUGUAGCCUGUCUUGCAGGUUCCUUGGAAAUAACACAGAGUUUGGAAGAUGAUCCUCUACUGGAUGCACCGCUUAUUUCAUCUCAUACAUUGCAUUCCCAACUGAGGCCAAGAUUUCAUGCUAUCCCAGCAGUCCUCCUUGCCAAUUUUCUUUUGCUAAUACAUGUUGCUUUUGUUGUUUUGGCAUUUUUAGCAGCUAUGUUUUGUUCUUACCCCAAUCCAUAUCAGGAUAAGUGCCCUGGGAACUAUACUCAUCCACUUAAAGUGCAGACCGUCAUAAUAAUUGCAAAAGUAAUUCUGUGGAUUCUGCAUGUUAUUUUUGAACGAUACAUUCAGCACCACCACAGUAAAGUCAGAAGCAGAGGUUACUUCUCAAUAUACCGAUCAACAAGACAUCUAAAAAGGCUUCCACUGCUGAUACACUCCACAGGUAAUGCAGCCCUGCUUUUGAUUCUGUCAGUGCAGCAUUCCUUUCCUGAUCGCAGUAAAGUGUACCUGUAUCUCAUCCUGGGAGUUCUGGGCCUGGAGCUGAUUAGCUCCAUGACGUGCUUAGUGAUUUACACAGUGAAAAUAAGCAACUUCAAUCGUGCAAAGCCAAGACCUGACAUAAUUGAAGAAGAAAAGAUGUAUGCCUACCCUAGUCACAUUACCUCAGAAAUUGGAUUCAGGGAAAAUUCGAGUUUAGAAGAGAUAGUUGAGAAACAAGGAGAUGUAAUAGAGUAUCUUCAGAGACACAAUGCACUGCUCAGCAAGAGACUUUUGUCACUAACUUCUCAACAAAUCAAAACUUAACAUUGUUUGGAAGACCACUGCUAGCGCUCUGGAGGGAACACAAGGUAAUGUAAUAUCCAGAGUGAUUUGUAUAGAUGACUACUUCAAUCAUCUUUCACAUUUUGAAACAGAAGUGAAGCUGGAAGGAUGAGCUCUACAUACACUAUAAGCCUAUCACAACUGGACACUGGCUGUCUUCAAAUCAUCAGUUCUCAAAAAAGUUCUGGAGUGUCAAGGGUUUUUAUUUACUAAUAGGUUAAAGUUGAACCUGAGGUAAUGGUUUAACUUUGUUCAGUUGUUGCUAUUUUGUACUGCUGUAUCCUUUAAGCUUCAAACUACCGAAGUAUUUUAAGUUUCUAGAAAAUAAAUUUGUUCUCUAGGAAAAAAAAAAUCUGACUUUGCAAAGGAUGUCUUUUCAGUUUCUAGUGCUGAAGCUGAGACUACGUGUAUUCUGUCACUGAGUCUCAAUACUUCCAGUGUUAGAGGUGGUGUCCUUCAGUAAUCCUAUACAAAGUACAUACUUGCUUUCUAGGUCAGUCUCCUUUUCUCCUUUGCCGAGAAAAGAAAUGAAAACUGUGUCAGUGGAGAAAUUUGUCAUCCAAAUCAGGAUUUGAAAAAAAAAAAAAAAGGGUGGUGGGUACCUUAGAAUGGCAAAUCUCACAUAGAAGUGUGUGGUUCAAAACAGUAUCAUGAUAAGCAAUUUGAGCAGUUGUUCAGAAUUCUGGCUUUAAAAUGUCUAAGAGGGAUCUUCAGGGUUGAUGACUUCUCCCAUUAUUACUAGGAGUCUGUGUCAGCUAAUAAUCAAGAUUCCUACUCUACUGACUGAACUAAAUACAAAAAUACUUAAGACUAAGCUUUUUUUAUUGACCUAGUAACUAACUUGUGUAGAAUGGGUUUAAAGAUCCUGGUAAAGAUGCAUCAGUUCCAUGCAUCCUUGCUCUUCGGCUCUUCAAAAAUGACAGCACCUUGAUUCAAAAACUAAAAUGGUGUAUGUGGAGAGGUGAAGUGCAGCAAAAGUCAGGUCUUCUAGAAGUUGGAGAAACAAAAAUUUUUGGUUCUGUUUCCUGUGUUUAUUGGGAAGGCUGGUGAAAGAACCAUUCUGUUCUGGGUAUUACUUUUGUCUACCAAUGUAGACCAAUAAUUAUUUUAGAAGCAAAUACCUCUGUGGGGACAGGGUAAUCACUAGUCAAAACUGGGAAGAAGGCUCUCAUGAGGAGUGGUCUUUAGUUGAAUAUAAGAAUAACAAAAGAAAAUUAAUCCGUUCUACUUGAUUCCUAGGGCACAACUUUAGAAAUAACUAAACUAUUUAGUGUACAAUAAACAUGGGGUUUGUCUCAUUUAAAGGAAAACAAUAAAUAUUGGAGGUUUUGCUGCUAUCCAACACUAGACUGUUCUCCUUAACUGUUGUUUCUUGAAAAUGCAGCCAGGAUUUUAUAGCAUACAUGUAAGAAAUACAAAUGUUUUUGGUUUUAGAACUCAGGUUUUGAUGUGAGUGUGUAUAUAAAUUGAUACAAUUUCUAUGAAAAGCAGUAAAAUGUGACUGUGAAGUUCAUGCACAAUAAAUGCAACUAAGAAAAA